GCUAUCAGAGCCCGGAGCUGGCGCGGAGAGCCCGGCCCCGCACGUCGGGCGGAGCGGCCCGGUUCGGAGCGGAGCGGCUCGGAGGGCGCAGCACGGCUCGGCCCGGCCCGGCCGCACCCCGCCCCGUGGAUGCCCGCCCGGGGGGGCGGCACGGCGAAGCCGGGGCAGCGCGGCGGCCCUGAGCCGCGGCCAUGGAGGAGCUGACGGCGUUCGUCUCCAAAUCGUUUGAUCCCAAAGCGAAGGAGAAGAAGGAGCUCAUCACCUACCGCGAGGUGCUGGAGAGCGGACCCCUGCGCGGAGCCCGGGAGCCCGGCGGGGCCGCGGCGGAGCCGGGCCGGGACGAGACGGGCAGCCCAGCGGGGCGGGCGGGCGGCGGACGCUCCCCGCCGCGGGAACCCGACGCCGCCGCCGCCGACAGAGCCGCCGACGCGGCCACCCCGAAGCUGAGCGACGUGUCCCCGGAGCUGAAAGAGCGCAAGGAGGAUGCGAAAGGCAUGGAAGACGAAGGGCAGACGAAAAUCAAGCAGCGGAGGAGCAGGACGAAUUUCACCCUGGAGCAGCUGAACGAGCUGGAAAGGCUUUUCGACGAGACCCACUACCCGGACGCCUUCAUGCGGGAGGAGCUGAGCCAGCGGCUGGGGCUGUCCGAAGCCCGGGUGCAGGUUUGGUUCCAAAACAGAAGAGCCAAAUGCCGGAAGCAAGAAAACCAACUGCACAAAGGAGUGCUCAUCGGGGCCGCCAGCCAGUUCGAAGCCUGCCGGGUGGCCCCUUACGUCAACGUGGGAGCGCUGCGGAUGCCCUUCCAGCAGGUUCAGGCGCAGCUACAGCUGGACAGCGCCGUGGCCCACGCUCACCACCACCUCCACCCGCACCUGGCCCACGCGCCCUACAUGAUGUUCCCCGCUCCGCCCUUCGGGCUCCCGCUCGCCACUUUGGCCGAAUCCGCCUCCGCCGCCUCCGUGGUGGCCGCCGCCGCCGCCGCUAAGACCACCAGCAAGAACUCGAGCAUCGCCGACCUGCGGCUGAAGGCCAAGAAGCACGCGGCCGCCCUGGGGCUGUGACCGCCGCAGCGCUGCGCGGCUCCGGGCGGAGGGACGGAGAGCCGCGGGGGGAGAGCGGGCGCUGCCGGCGGAGACGGACUGAUGUGAGAGCCGGACGGAGCAGAAGCGCAGCUGGGAAGUUCACAGGGUUUGAAACUGACCUUUUUUUUUUUUUUUUUUUUUUUUUUUUUUUUUUUUUUUGUUCUGCGGAGUUCACUUUAAUACGAGAAAUUUGAUAAGAGAGGCGGGCCUCCUUUCACGAUGCAGCAGAUCCUCGGGCUGAGCGACCACGUCGGGAACAGCGGCAAGAAAAAAAAAAAGAAAGAAUGAAGGAAAGAAAGAAGGAAAGAAAGAAGGAAGAGAGAGAAUGGCGAAGAAGAAAGAGAAAAUAAUAAUAAUAAAAAUAAUAAAAGAGACAGAGACAGAUUUCUCUGCGAAUUUCUAAAGGGAAACUGCCCGGGAUCCGUCCUGCAGCAGCAUUCCGGGUGCAUGCGUUUGUAUUUCAUUGCUGACUCCUCGAUCCACGCACCUCACCCCAUCGAUAGAGCACAGCACAACCGGCGGCGCGGGGGGCACCGGCUCCGUGCCCCGGGGGCAGCGCGGGGGGCACGGGGAGCUGCGGCUCUGCUGUCCCGGGGGUAAA